UUUACUUUCAAUUUUCAUUCAGUUCUAUCACCUAAUCUAGCUUACCGCCACAAUAAAGUAGAAAAGGAAUCACCGUAAAUGUCAUCGAUCAUCCGGGAUCUAUAUCGAUUCCUUUAGUAUAACUGAUAGCAAAUACUCCAUUUAGAGAAUUUGCUUUAUUAUACGCCGUAGUAUAACUGAUGGAUCGAAAACGAGAAAAUACAUGAUAUGGUAUAGUAUAGGGAUUUAAAAAGAAAAAAGGAUGAGAGGAGCGCCCCUGGUGAUCUUCAUCUUCUUCAUUGGGGUUCUCUCCACAUGCAUUCUUAAUUCCUUCUUUAGCAUUUAUUUGGCCUUUUUCCACUACUUCUCCUCCCCUUUUUAUCCUUAUUAUCAUAAGGCCCAUAGUUGCAGUAGCAGUAGCAGUAGUAGUUCUUCAUUUUCAUUAUCAAGGACAUCAUCAUCAUCAGCCACGUGUCCCGAUUACUUCCGUUGGAUCCACAAAGAUCUAGGGCCAUGGAGGGAGACAGGAAUCACCAGAGAAAUUGUGAGGAGGGGCGUACCGGCGGCAACUUUCCGGCUGGCCAUAGUGAACGGAAGUGCGUAUAUCCGGGGCUACCGGAAGUCGUUUCAAAGCAGAGACGUAUUCACCGUCUGGGGUAUUUUGCAGCUGUUGCGGAGGUAUCAAAUACCCGAUUUGGAGCUUUUGUUUAACUGCGAAGACGAACCUGCCGUGCCCAUCGGUGGUCCGAAUGGCACCGCGGUCGUCGAACUCCGGCCGCCGCCAUUGUUUGGCUACUGCACCAGUGAUUCAACUUUGGAUAUUCCUUUCCCAGAUUGGUCCUUUUGGGGAUGGCCAGAAUUAAAUAUUAGGCCAUGGGAAGGAAUGUCAAAGGAAUUGCAAGAAGGGAAUAAGAGGAGGAAAUGGGUGGAGAGGGAACCGUAUGCAUACUGGAAGGGAAAUCCUUCAGUUUCUAACCGUAGGAAGGAUUUGGUGGUUAAAUGCAAUGCCUCAUCACCAUCUCAUGACUGGGGUGCUCGCCUAUUUUCUCAGAACUGGACCAGGGAGGAACACCAAGGAUUCAGUAGCUCCAACUUAGCUAGUCAGUGCACUCACCGGUACAAGAUAUACAUCGAAGGAAGGACGUGGUCAGUGAGUGAGAAGUACAUAUUGGCAUGCAACUCUCCAACUUUGAUGGUGAAGCCAACCUACAUGGAUUUCUUCAGCAGAGGGUUAGUGGCGAUGAAACACUAUUGGCCGAUAAGGGAUGACGGAGAGAAAUGCAGAUCGAUAAAGGAUGCCGUUUAUUGGGGAAAUACCCACCCUGAGCAGGCCCAAGAGAUUGGGAGAGCGGGAAGCAAAUUCAUAGAGGAAGAGUUGAAGAUGGAUUACGUUUACGACUACAUGUUUCACCUUCUGAGCGAAUACGGGAAGUUGAUGAAGUACAAGCCAAGUCUUCCUCCUGCUGCGGCGGGCGAUGAUGAUGAUGAAGGGUAUCAACUCAUCACUUCAGAACACAUUCUUUCUGUUGCACCGCCACAAGGACUUGUGAAGCAAUUCAUGAUCGAGUCUCUCGUCAAAGCUCCCUCCAUCACACCCCCAUGCACCAUGUCAUAAUGAUGAGGUCUCAUACUCUCAUUCAAUUCAUAGUCAUUUCAUUUACCUAGCUAGCUCCCCUAAAUAAACUUUACCUAACCAUUCUCAAUUCUAACCAUAAUUAUUUUCUAUGUUCAGUAACAUUUGAUCUUAUGACUAUUGUACCAAAUACCAAUCUUACAUUCGUAC